CUUCCAUUCCUUGAGCGAGCGAUCGAUCGAGUCCUUUCAGGAGAGCUAGGGUAUGAUGCUGGGAAUUAGGGGCGAGCAAGAAGGCGAGGCGCUGGAGCGGUGCUUCGCGAUCGACCACUCCUCGGCGUCGUCCGACAGCUCCUACUGCUUCUACGGUGAGGAAUCGAUCGAGCACGGCCUGGAUUCUUGCUUCUACGAGGAGAAAUCGCCUCCGGAUGAACUGUUUGGGGAGAUUACGGCCGCGGCGCGGUGCGAGGGCUCCACGGACAGCAACGGGAUGGAGCGUUCCGGGUCGCCGGCGUCGGACGACGCGUUCUUGAUCGCGGCGGGGUCGUUCGAUCGUCACCACUCGGCCUUCGAUCGCGAGCAGGGUUUGUUACGGGAUGAUGGCGACGAGCAGCAGCAAUGGGAGGCGCUCGUGGAAGGGGUUCUCGAUUGCUCGGCAGACGCGCAGAGCGAAUCGAUCGGCGGGCAGGGAUAUUUGGACGCUCAGCACCAGGAUGAUGAUGAUCAUCGCGCCGCCGAGAAUGCCACCAGCGACAGCAACAAGGAGGAAAAGAUCGAGCUCGUGGAUCUCCUGGUAGCUUGCGCCCAGGCAAUCUCGGCGAAGAGCACGAGUUUGAUCCACUGCCUUCUGGCAAGACUGGGCGAGCUGGCAUCGCCGCAUGGAUCCACCGCCAUGGAGCGCCUGGCAGCCUACUUUACCGAGGGCCUAGCGUGCCGGUUGGCCAGCCAGCGCCCGGAUCUCUACAAGCCGCUGUCGCUGGAGACCGAUCCAAGCCCCGGAUCCGCCUGUUCUUCCGAGGCCGAGGAGGAAUCCAUCGCCGCCUACCACAUCCUCAAUCACGUCAGCCCGAUCGUCAAGUUCGCCCACUUCAGCGCCAACGAUGCCAUCCUCGAGGCGUUCCAGGGGCGGAAGAAGGUCCAUGUCAUCGAUCUGGACGUGGGGCAGGGGCUCCAGUGGCCGGCGCUGUUCCAAGCGCUAGCGAAUCGAUCGGAGGGGCCGCCAUCACUGGUGAGGAUCAGUGGCAUCGGGCCUUUCAAGGACAGCGUCCAGGAGACGGGCGAUCGGCUGGCGGAGUUUGCUCAGGCGCUGGGGCUGUGCUUCGAGUUCCAUGCCGUGGUGGAGCGGCUCGAGGAGAUCCGGCUGUGGAUGCUCCACGUCAAGGACGGGGAGGCGGUGGCGGUGAAUUGCAUCGGGCAGCUCCACCGGAGCUUGCUGGAUCGGCAGCAGAUCCAGGGGGUGAUGGAGCUCAUCCGGAGCACGAAGCCGGAGGUGGUGGCAAUUGUGGAGCACGAAGCCGAGCACAAUGUGGAGUGCUUCGAGGCCAGGUUUGCGGGGUCGCUGCGCUAUUAUGCGGCGAUGUUUGAUGCCCUGGACUCGAGCGUGGUGGUGGUCGAUGGAGAGAGCUCAUUGUCGGCGAGGACGAGGGUGGAGAAGACCAUCUUUGCGAGGGAGAUUAGAAACAUCGUUGGGUGUGAGGGGGAGGACCGGAUCGAGAGGCACGAGAGGUUUGAGGGAUGGAAGAGGAUGUUGGAAGAGGAGGGGUUUCGGAACAGGGGAAUGAGCCAGCGCGCGAUUGUCCAGGCAAAGCUGCUGCUGGAGAUGUUCUUGUGUCCUGAGUAUAGGAUUGACAAACUGGAGGGCAAGGAUGAAAAUGGAAGUAGGGAAUGUUGUGAAGGUAUCACACUUGGUUGGUUGGAUCAGCCUCUAGUCACCGUUUCAGCCUGGUCUCUAAUAAGGUAAUGUAUUUUUUUUUUCCAAAACUUUUAUGAGGAAAGUUUUCUGUCUUAAUUCUUUAUCUGAAAUUUCAAACUUAAGUUUUAAUUUGGUUGAAA